CUUCUCUGCCAAGGCCAAUUUCCCGUCACCUGCCGUCGGCAGUCUCUCCAAACAGCGCGGACAUCACACGGCGCGGCAGCGACGCGCCUGCUCGUCGGCCGGCGUCGCCGUCGAUGUUGCUCUGGUCGAUACGGGCCGGUGCUGGCCGGCCGCCGGUCGGCACACCGCCGCCGCUGCCGCCGCCGGCCGCACCACCCGCGCCCGCUCCAGCACAGGUGCAGCUCUGGUCACCGCCCAGCCGUGCCGUGACGUUUCUCCGAGUGUCACGAGCUCCGUGACCGGCGCGGUCACGGCCGCGACACGGCGCCGCCGCCAUGGUGAGCGUGGACUGGAGUCGGUUCGGCCUGAGCUCGGAGCCGGCCGGCCGACCGGCAGCUGCCGAGCCGUCCGCCGGCGACCCGCUGGCCGGCGCCGCCCAGCGAGAUGACGAGCUGUUCGCUGAGGAACAGCGCCACCAGCCGUGGUGGCGGUCCAACUUCUUCGUGUCGUCGCCGGUGCUCUUCGGCACCUGGGACGGCGUGUUCACCACCGUCAUCGUCAACAUCUUCGGCGUGAUCGUGCUGCUGCGCUCCGGCUGGAUGGUGGCGCAGGCCGGCAUCGGCUUCACCUUCCUCAUCAUCAUCGCCUGCGUGUGCGUGGUACUGACGUCCGUACUUUCUGCGAUCGGCAUCUGUGAGAGGUGCCCCAUGGCCACCGGUGGGGUGUACUCGCUCGUCUCGCAGGUGCUCGGAUCCCACCUCGGAACCGCCAUCGGCCUGGUCUACUGCUUCGGGCAGGCGGUGGGGUGCGCGUUAUGCGCCGCAGCCUUCGGUGAGUCCAUGUCCGAGCUGGUGAACACGCCGCAAAACCCGUGGGUCGAGCGUUCUGUGGGCGUCACCCUGAUCGCCCUGUUGACCGCCAUCAACAUCGCCGGCGUCAAGUGGGUCAUCAAGGUGCAGUUUGUGCUGCUGGCCCUGCUGGCGCUGGCCGUGCUCGACUUUCUGUUUGGCUCGCUGGUCGGCGACCCCCUGGCAGGUGAGGGGUACGUCGGCUGGAGCAUGGAGAACCUGCGGAACAACACGUCUCCGCGCUACACCGAGGGCAACAACUGGUUCAGCGCGUUCGGCGUCUUCUUCCCCAGCCUGACGGGUAUCAUGGCCGGCAUCAACAUGUCGGGUGACCUGCGCAACCCGCGCCAGGACAUCCCCCGCGGCACGCUGGCUGCUCUGGGAGCAAGCACCGUGCUGUACAUGCUAUUUGCCUUUGUGUUGGCUGCUACGUGUACCAGGGAGGCCCUUCUAACCGACUACAUUAUUGCUGAGCGCGUAGCGGCCACAGGUGUGCUCCUGUUGUUGGGCCUCUACAUUUCGUCUUCCUCUUCAUGUCUUUCAACACUUUACGGCACUCCACGGGUUCUCCAGAGCAUUGCAAACGAGAACAUCAUUCGCUGCCUGAAGCCGUUGAGCAAAGUGAGCGGUGCGAACCAGGUGCCGGUGUACUCCUUAAUCGCAGUAUCCACCGGGACGCUGGUGUUCAUCCUGAUUGGCCAGAUCAACCGGCUGGCUCCGAUCGUCACCUUGCCUUUCCUCAUGACGUACGCCGGCAUCGACUACGCCUACUUCGCGCUGGCGCACGCCUACGACAUCCAGGAGCAGCAGAGCCACGCCAGACAGACUCAGCAGCUGGGAUCGCCCGUGUUCGACGCCUCUGGCAAGGGUAGCUCGGCCUACGGAGCCGUGGAUAAAGUCAGCAAGCAGAGCAAGAGCGCAAUGCGGUCCUCGUGGGAGUCUACGAACACAGGUAGUCUGCCGUCCUCGCCAGAGGAAGACUCGAGCUCCCACAGCGUGAGGCAAGUGACCACUGAGACGGCGGCGCCGGCGUCGGACCCUUCGGCCGCCGUCCGCACGCUGCUCGCUGAACAGGAGGGGAUCCUGCUCCAGCCGCCCAGCUGGUACUCGCGAUUCUGCAACAGAUGGGUCUCUCUGAUCGGAAUGCUGCUGAAGCUGGUGAUGAUGAUGCUGGUGAACUGGCUGUACUGCCUGCUGACGGUGCUGGCCGUGCUGCUGAUCUGGCUGUACGCGCGUCAUGCCAGUCCCGGCUGUCCGGCCGCGCUGGCCGACUCGUUCUCCUUUGGCGAGUGGAUCAAAAACCUGCUAGCCAUCGCGCUGGGACGGCGGCGAGUGGCCACUCAGUACGACAGGAUGGUGGUUACCCCGAUGGCACCGGGGGUGAACGUUCAGCAGACUCAGGUGACAGAGGAGAACGAGGACUUCGAGCACCGCUCCCGCUACCACCAGUCCACCGUGCAGCCCUCCAAACCGCUGCUGGCCGAUGACUGAGGGAAAUUCAGCCCUCCAAACCGCUGCUGGCCGAUGACCGAGGGAAAGAUGUCCACCGUGCAGCCCUCCAAACCGCUGCUGGCCGAUGACUGAAGGAAACAUGACCGACCGCUGUUACGCUGGUUAACAACUGAAGGGAAAGGCAUCAUGAAGUCGCAUGGUGCGCUGUGCUGCUGUCCACGCAUGACGUAAGUCUGCAUGUUAGUGGGACUUUGUUGGAGCUGCUAGACAUCGGCUGCAACGCCGUAAUUACGUCAAUGGGAAGGCAAUGACGAGAAAUCGUAUCAAACGCAUGCAGCGCCCCUUUGUCGAGCAGUCAUCUCGCCGUCUUCUGAGGCGAGCCACCCGGCGGUGGAGUCACCUGAAACUCUGUGUCGUAAAAAGUCGACAGACGUUGCUGUCCUGGCUCACUAGUCACUGUCCAAAGAACACUGUUUCUCGUCACUGUGCGAGGGAGGGGAUAUCGUGCGACAUUCUCUGAAAGUGGUCGGUUUCUCUGAUUCAAAAGCCGUUACUGAAUAUGACAAGCCCGGAUCGCAGUACUUUGCUCCGACAGUUGCUUGCGUAUGUCCGACAGCUACAUAUAGGCGGUGCAUGCGCUGAAACUGACUGGUCCUGUGUGGUUUGUAUCAUCUGAUUGUAUUGAUUUGUGUGCUGCUCUGGCGCCUAAGCUGUGAAAGUCAGCGUUCAAUGCUGUCUCGUUUGUCGACUUGCGUGAGAAAGCCGACAAGUUUGUGUCUGUGUUAUAGAAGGCGGCAUUCACCGGAGUGAAUAAUAUGAGCCAUGUGUUAGUUUAUUGCAGACAUAAUCUUCUCAACGUAAGGGUGUAUGAAGGACUUGCUUCAAGGAACGUAACUGCAAUGCCAAUAUUAAUGAGUGAAUUGUAAGGUAUUCGGAAGCACGGUAAUGAAAUCGCAAGAAUUAUUUUUGCAUCAUGCAAAACGAAAUGCUCAGGAGAACAGUUAUCUUUACACAAGAGAUUCCUAUUCCCUAUAUUCACACUUAAUGCAGUAAAUGUAUUGCAUGCAAAGUAUACCCGCAGCGAGUGAUGUAAAUCAUGUUAGAUGUUUGAUGUACGUAUAUGUGCACAUGCUAUGUGUGCCAUUGUAUUAAGUGUUAUUUGCACAAAUCAUGCACAAUGCACCUUCAGCUGGUUGUUAGCCGAAAGCUAUAGUCUGUGUUGUGAUACAAAAAAAAAAAUACUUUGAAAAACAUUCGGGCAUAUGCAUAAAAGCUGGGACCAUCAUUACUAUUUGGCCAUCGACCAUAUGCUGGCGAUAAAGAUAAAAAGUGAUGUUAAAUGAUAACUCGAUAUAACCACAACUCCACCGGUUAGCGGGCUCUACCGAAUCGAUCUCUACCGAAUCGACCUCGACUGAAUCGACCAUUCCCGACUCCACAGUAGCGGACUGGGCUACGUUGUCAAAUAAUCUCAACGUAACGAAUUAUUUCAUUGCGUAACAAUCUGCCUCAGCUGACGGUGACUAUUUGUUUUAUAUGUCCUCAACUCAUGCCUUUUCGUGUGACUGUUCCAAGCUGAUGCCAUGCUACCUCAGGGUCUUAUUUGUUCUUUCAACCACCUAGCACCUUUCCAAAUAAAUGUCCAUUCCGGGCUUAUGUGCAAAUCCUCAAUUCCAGGGUUAACCGACUGAUCUCAUAAUGGUGCUAACAAGUGACCACCUGCUUGAUGUUCAUUUCGUUCAAGUUGAAGUAUUUUGUUUUAGAUGAAGUGCUUAUAGGUACGAGGCGCAAUGUGCGGUUGAGCUUAUGUGUAUCGUCCGAGCACGUCACGAAGUUAUGCUGACAGCCCUCUAUAUGUUGUAUAUCUAUAGCGUAGACUAUGCUAUGCCUAUGUCUAUACCAAAUAAAUGUGACCUAUUUUUCA